UUCUUUUGAAAAUUUCCUAACUAUAAUUUCCGCGGGAGUCUUUCGCGUCUUAACAAGAUUUGCAACUUCGUAGUAGUCAUGAAUUCGUCAGUUAGAGAAUUCAUAAAGAAGGAAGUACCUGAUUGGGACGAUGAAGUAGUUGCAACUGCUCGGUUUAAAGCUUUUAGUGGACAAAAAUCAGAUUGGGAAUCCAAACUCCUGUUCUGGAAAAACUUGAUUCUGAAAGUUGCUCGACAUCUCAAUGUCUUCGUAAUUCGAUCGUCAGAGGUGAGGAAUAUUUGGUUUAACCGAAAAGGGUUAACGCCUCUGUGCAUUGACCAAGUGCUGCUUGAAAUGUAUAGUUCGGGUGAUAUUUUGCGGAAGAGCGAUCUUAUGGAUCCAACUGCCGGGCGUUUAUCCCAAAUGUUUAAACGGAUGGUUAAUUUGAUAGGCAUUUCAGGACCAUCCUCUUCCGAAGAACUAAUUGGAGAGUUUCUUAUUCUAAGUAUACCACUUCAGGAAAAGGCUGCUGAAGUAGUCAAACUUUUAUCUGAAAGCCACUGGACAUCUUUUUGCACUGUUACUAUGAGUGAGCUCCAGAGGAUCUGUAAUGGAUCCACUGAAGCCUCUACGGUUUUGAGUUACUUAUCAAGUACAGGAAAAGCACGAUACCUUUCGAUCUGUAAAGCGGACUUUAUUGAGGGUGUCAAGGUCUCUCUUGUGAAAGAAGCUGUCCCUACUAUCUCAAGUCUUGACUAUGAUGUUCUGCAAUUGAUCUGGACGAAGGAGAAGCUUCAGCAGCAACUUGAUGUGAUCGAUCAACGUUAUGAGAUGUCAAGGAAAUCGGCAUUAAACUUCAUGAAGGCUGGCAACAAACAAGUCGCGCUCAGGCAUGCAAGGCAAUUAAAAUUGAACUCUGAAAGCAGAGAAAAGUGCAUGUCCAUGUUGAACAGGGUUGAGGAAGUUCUCACAAUCAUUACAAAUGCUGAAUCCACAAAGAAGGUCGUCGAGGCAAUGCAAAUUGGUUCUCGGGCAAUGAAGGAAAGUGGGAUUAGUGCUGAAGAAGUCCACGUUUGUCUACAAGAGCUUGAUGAAACUGUUGCUUCACAAAAGGAAGUUGAAGAAGCUUUAGCAUCAGCUCCAAUUCAAUGCACAAAAAUUGACGACGAAGAUUUGGAAAAGGAAUUCAGGAUGCUGGAGAUGGAACUUGAAGAUUUGACCCCACAGAAAUAUACUGCUGCACCUACUCAGAAUGAUUUACUAAAGAAAGAAGAAAGUAAAAUAUCAGAAACUAAGAUAGCAGAUAGUGGGAGGAUAGGAGAAGCAGUUCCGCGAGAAUCUGCUGAAUCAUUGGUCAGUAAGUUAUCAGAUCUCCAGCUUGAGGCAGCUUAGUUGUAAACUUCAAACUAUUGUGAGUUCUGUAAUUGUUUCAUCAUUUGUAAAGUGUUAAGAGCUUUGCUUCUGUUUGUAACCAUCUCAAAUGCUUGUAUUUCGAAAACCAUGAAUGAAUAUAUCUUUUCUUCUGUCA